AUGCCGAUGAGUUGUUUGUUGGAAAGAGGAGGAAUGUCAGUUUUGAAUUGGCUUACGAUGGAACCACACGAACAGGAUCGAUAUUUGCCGAUUGCGAAUAUUAGCCGAAUAAUGAAGCGGUCUAUUCCUGGGUCGGCAAAGAUUUCGAGGGAGGCGAAGGAAUGCGUGCAAGAGUGCGUUUCUGAGUUUAUUGCCUUUAUUACAAGCGAGGCGAGCGAUAAAUGUAAACUCGAAAAACGGAAGACUAUUAAUGGUGACGAUUUGCUAUACGCUAUGACUGCUCUUGGUUUUGAACGAUAUACGGAACCUCUACGCUCAUUCUUGAACCGCUAUCGAGAUGUUGUUUUUCUUCAUACCGAUGUUUUUUUAGGGAAGUCUAGAUGGAGCAACUGA